AUGGCGGAUGGAGGCGUGGAUAUAGAUUUAUACGCCGAUGAUAUUGAAUCUGAUUUUAAUAGACAGGAUGAGUUCGGAGGAGAAAAUGUCGACUUAUAUGACGACGUAAUAGCAGCACCAACAUCGAAGCCUGAUGAUGACGGACCACCAAAUUCCGUUUCUCAACACCCUCAUCCACCAGAAGAGACAAAUGGUUCAGCGCCUUACCAUAACAACGCACCUAGCCACGGGCAUCAUGGCCGCCGCUUCCAACUUUAUGUCGGCAAUCUUACUUGGUGGGCGACCGACCAAGACAUUGCUAACGCCAUCGCCGAUAUCGGCGUAACCGACUUUCAAGAUGUCAAGUUCUUCGAGAACAGGGCAAAUGGACAGUCGAAGGGGUUCUGCGUCAUUUCACUCGGUUCAGACCAAUCCAUUAGGAUGGUUAUGGACCGGCUCCCUAAGAAAGAUAUUCACGGGCAGCAUCCCGUGGUGACACUACCAACUAAACAGGCACUUAAUCAAUUUGAAAGUCAAUCUAAGACCAGAUCAACUCCACCAGGACCCAAUCCUGGUAUGCGAGGUCCUCAUCCUGGCGGCCCACCUGGACCACAUCCUGGAGCAAUGCGCCGUUCUCCAGACUUCUUCGGGGGCGGGCCAAAUGGACCAGGGCCGAACGGGCCACGUAUGAUGAUGCCGGGCCCUGGUCCACAUCACCAGCUGCGUGGACCACCUCCUGGCCCACAUGGACCGCCGCACCACAUGCCGCAACAUCAAGGACCUCCUCCUCAUCAUAUGCCUCCUCAUCAAGGACCCCCGCCUCAUCAGGGACCGCCCCAGCAUAGGCCACCAAUGCAGUUCCAAGGGCCGCCACAGAUGCAACGCGCACCAGGCGGUCCUGGUCCAGGGGGCCCUGGGCCAGGCCCGGGCCCCGCGCGGGGGCCUGAGUGGCCCCGCCCCCACCACAUGCCGGCUCCUGCGCCUCAGUACGGGCCCCCGCAGCACCAGAUGCCACAUCAGAUGCCGCCGCCGCAUGCUCCGCCCGGCCAGGGCAUGCCGCCGCCGCACCACCAGCUGCCGCCGCACCAGGCGGGCCCCCCGCGCGGGCCCGCGCCGCUGCCGCAGCAUCCAGGUGUAGGUGGUGCACCCGCGCCGCACGUGAACCCGGCCUUCUUCAACCAACAGCCGCCGGUCCAGCCCGCGCCCGCCGUGCAGCCGCCGCAGCCGCAGCCACAAGGUCCAGGAGCUCCAUACGGUCACCCAGCACACGGCGCGCCGCCCCCGACGCAGGGGCCGCCGCCCGGCGCAAGGCAACCGUACGGCAGACCACCUACGAGCUACGCAGCAGCGGAGGCCCGUCCGGCGCACCACCCGUCGCCGCUGGGCCCGCACGCGCCGCCGCACGCCGCGCACGCCGCCGCGCUGCCGCACCCGCACCCGGCCAUCAGCGAGGCGGAGUUCGAGGAGGUCAUGAGCCGCAACCGCACCGUCUCAUCCAGCGCCAUAGCGCGCGCGGUCAGCGACGCGGCCGCCGGCGAGUACGCGUCCGCGAUAGAGACGCUUGUCACUGCGAUAUCGCUCAUCAAGCAGAGUAAGGUGGCACACGACGACCGCUGCAAGAUCCUCAUCUCGUCCCUCCAGGAUACGCUACACGGUGUAGAGACCAAGUCGUACGGCGGCGAGCGAAGGCGGUCCCGAUCCAGAGAGAGGGACGCGCGCGCCCACCAUCGCGCACCGCGGCGUCGGGAGCGCUCUGCGUCCCGAUACCGGGAUAGAUCGCGGGACAGAGACGAUCGGGACAGGUACAGGGAAAGGUCGAGGGAACGCGAUCGUGAACGCGACCGUGAUACGUAUUACAGAGACUAUCGUGAGCGUGAACGUGAUCGCUCCAGGUCAAGAGAUCGUGAACGCACCGAUCAUUACAACAGAGGACACAGCCGAGAGGAAAGGCCGCGCAAGUCGCCGGUAGAGCCAGUAGCAGAAGCGGGUGCCGGUGACGCGACCAGUGCGAAGAGCCGUACCGCCGCCGCGCCCUACUACGACGAGCGUUACCGCGAGCGGCGUGACCGCGACCCCCCGCCCGCGGACCGGGACCGUGACCGUGACCGCGACCACAGGCGUGACGCGAGACAC